CUGGCUGAAACUGUUGCGGAAGAUUCCCGGGUUUAUCCAUCCAUUCCAACAAAAAAGCGGUUAAGAAUCAGAAGAAAAUUUGUUGUAGAUUUAUUAAAGUUGAAACUUGGAUUUACUCGAAAAGUUUAAUUGUGUAUACUUGGAAUAGAUUUAAAUGUUUAUUUUCAUUUUUAGAACAAUGUGAAAAAUAAUUAGCUUAAAAUUGUGUAGUUGUUGACUGUUGUCAUAUUUGCUGUUUUUAUAGGGUUAUCUUUCCUUAAUGCUUCAAUUUUAGUGACGAAACUUAGUGUUGACUUGUUCUUGCGUUUCUAUUGGUGAAAUUUAAUUGUUGUAAUGGCUGGAUUUAGUUUUGGAACUCCAACUACGUCUGCACCAUCAUUUUCAUUUGGAAGUAGCACAGCGACUGGUGGGACUUCUGGAUUUAACUUUGGAGCUCAGCCUACCAACCCGACCACUACAACUUUGCAGUUCAGUGCUCCAGCUUCAACAGGUGGCACAUUCACAACCCCAGCGGCUACUGGCAGUUCUGGCUUCAAUUUUGGAUCUUCAGGAGGGCUAAGUAUGGGCACUCCUGCUGCUACGACACAGUCCACUCUUUCAUUUAAGCCGGGUGGUCUGGGUGGUGGACUAAGCUUCGGUAGUCCAGCUCCAGCCACCUCUCAGCAGUCGGCCCUCGGAUUCAGUACUCCUAUAGUAUCAACUGGUCUCACCUUUGGCAGUACUCCAACUGCCAAUCAGCAGACUUUGUCGUUCAGUAGCACACCAGCAACUUCACAACCUUUGACUUUCGGAACCUUGCCUGCAACAUCCCAACCAGUGAGUUUUGGUGGUGCUCCCACCACAGCAGCUCAGCCUAGUCUUGGUUUUGGAAGCUCAACAGCCACGACCCAACCCACAUUAAGUUUUGGAAGCACACCUGCUACAUCCCAGCCUACAUUGAGUUUUGGGAGUACAGCUCCUACGACCCAGCCCACACUGAGUUUUGGGAGCACAGCUGCAACGACCCAGCCCACACUUAGUUUUGGGAGCACACCUGCUACGACCCAGCCCGCACUUAAUUUUGGAGGUGCUCCAGCAACGUCUCAGCCUCUUACUUUUGGGACUGCUCAGGCCACAACACAACAGACUCUUGGCUUUGGAACUACACCUGCAACAACACAAGCUGGCCUAAGUUUUGGAAAUACUCCAGCUACGACUCAGUCGACAUUGAGCUUUGGACUCUCAACUCCAGCUUCUACUGCCACCACCGGUCUGUCCCUGGCCACCCCAGCUUCUGCAACUCCCGGUUUGUCGUUUGGGCUGGGCACAAACAACCAGGCUGCCACUACCACCACCUCAGCGCCGUCUCUCCUCAACUUUUCCACUCCAAAAACAACAGCGUCUACUGGUUUCUCUCUGUCAGUGUCGGGGGCCGGCACUGGUACUUCGUUGUUCACUUUGCCCACUACGUCGGCUCCUACUACCAGUGCUCCUGUUGCCUUCAAGGGGCUGGGAGGUGUCGAUACCUCUACCACUCAAGGUUCUGGCCAGAAAGAUGCAAAAUCUGUGAAAGAAAAUAUAGUCGACCGAGAAAUAAUGCAAACUUUGGAUACUUUCAAGAACUUUGUGAAACAACAGAAGACGUUGAGUUGUGAGGUAUCACGAGCCCCGGUGAAGCCGAUGCACAAAGUCACGGAGGACACGGAAGCUCUGAGACAGCUAUUGACGUCCGUUUCUAGUGCCCUUCAAAAGAACAGAGUGGUAGCCAAUAAACUGAAGACGGACACAACAAAGUGCCUGUCACUCUGCGAGAUGGCACAGCGGACACACGACACUCCACCUGGCCUCCAGAACGACAACAUUGCACCUCUCGAGUUCUUCAUUCAGCUGGUCUCAAAGUUCGAGAGAGAUAUUCAGGUGCUUCGUCAGGAAAUUGAUAAUACUGAAAAACAUGUUAACUCCCUUUCGUAUCCUGCUAUUCUAACUCCUCAAGAAUUGUCUGUGGCCCUGAGGAGGUUGCACGACAGUUUCGUAGCACUGGCAGGACGACUACAGGCAGCUCACGCUGGUGUUAUAGCACAGAAAGAACGCCAUCUCAGUCUGCGUCGUCACUUUCUAAAGGAUCAAACAAACAUCUUCGAGACCACUACCAGAACUGCAUCAGCUGCCAAGAAGUCUCCCUGUGGAGCUGGUAACUUUCCCCCAAUGCCAGGACCAACUCCUUUUUCAAGUAUGGGAGGAAUGCACAACAUCAGUCUGAUGGGUGGAACAGACAAGACAGUCACGUUCUCAACUGGACCUACUUCUCUCUCAGGUUGGGGUUCGUCAUCAAUGUCUAUUCUGAACACAACUCCAGCCUCUAGUUUCCUCCAGUCUCCCGGUACAGGUCUUCUGAACUCUCCUCAACCAGUUGACAACCAGAACUUCCAGCUGGGCAAGCCUCCUCCGGGGAACAAGAGGGGGAAGCGCUGAACUUCAACUGUGCGGUUCCAGUAGCCGUCAAACACUCUUGUACACACAUACACACACAGACUCAUACAAACGCUGUGAAUAAAGAAUGUUAUAAACUUUGGAUGUCUACUCAGAAAGUUGUGUAUGAUACACUUAGAGGACUAAAAAUGUUUAUACAAUACAAGUAUUACCCUGUGUUAUAAAGUGAUUGGUUAGUGUGUAACAAUAUCAUAUAUUUGUAAAGUACAACAAAGUAUAAUCACAACGUGAAGACAAAAUUUGUGAUAGCAUACAAAACAGUUCAUUGCAAUGAGGUUUAAAUCUAGAAGCAGUAUAAAUGUAAAUAUUGCAUUUAAUAAUUCUUACCUCAGUCAUGUGCCAGUGAUUUGUAAUGAUAACCGUAUAUACAAUACAUUUUUCAGAGGCAAUAUGUUGCAUUAGCUUCUUUACUUGUAUUUUUAGUGUUGUGAAUUGUUGGUUUCAAUGGUAAGUAAGUUUACUUUUAAUGUGGUAGAUAGCAUUGUAUUGUACAGUAAAACCUGUCAUAUCCCUAAUGUGGCACAGGCUAGGCUGAUAUGGGAUUCUGAUUUGAUGAAUGUAACUUAAGUGCACUAGAUAUAAUGGUUUACAUCGUGAAGGCACUACAUAAUUAUGUAAACUAUAGUGCUGUUUCCAGAUAAAUUUUAUAAAUUUAAGAUACAAAAAAAAUGUAUUCUCUUUAAAACUAAGCUAAUGCACUGGAUAUAUUUUAUGUAUGCUCAAUACAAAUUAAUUUCAAGAAGUAAAAAGAAUGUUAUUUUAAAUCAAAAUUAAUAUUCAGUAAUGUACAAUAUUUCUAUUUCAAAUCAACUUACAAAAAAAUAGAAAGUUACUAACUAUACUAUGAUUACAACAUGUCCCACUGCACAUUCUAAAUCUGGCACAACAGUAUCACAGUUUUGCCAAGGUCAUUGAAUCUAAAAAUUGUACUGGAGAGUUUGUCCAUCGAAAGGGCCUCCAUUCUGUCCCACCCACUGGCUGAUAUGUGGGAGAGAAAGUUACUGAGGUUGCAUCUGUAACACAUUCAUUGCUUUCCAAGCUUACAGCUACAUAACGUUGUAUCGUUUGUCACCAGACCCAACAUCGGAGUUUACAUUGCAGGGCAGGUAUGACAGAUUUUACUGUACACUUUUGUUACUGAACGUCACUUUAUGUGGUAAUGGCUUUUGAUUUUUACACCCAAGUCCUUUUAUAACAUAAAGUAGGAUUGGUGUGAAUUAAUUUUGUUUGUUUGUAAACUCGUUGAUCAUUAGAAAUUAUUAUUACAACCUAGUUAUGGUUAUAUUGGCUAAGUAUUUGUUAUAUUAGAUUUAUAUAUAAUAUAACAUAAUAUUAUAUAACAUAAAAAUUCACAAGUGCUCUGAUCCUGUUUGCUUUUUUGGGGUAUAAUCUCAAAAGUAUGCUAAUGAGUCUACAUUAUCAUGUUAUUUUAAAUUCUGUAAAAACUUUUGUCAGGAGACUAAUGACUGGAAAAAUUUAAUAAAUGCUAUUUUUAAAUA